AUGUUAUUAUUUUUCCUCUCUCUCAUCUGCCUACUGAGCGAGUGUACGCUGGCCGGUGCUCUCUAUGGCAAGAAGAGUUCCUUCGUUCAAGUGUUGGACGCUCAAACAUUCACCAAAACGGUUGUUCAAAGUAAUGAAUUGUGGGUAGUGGAGUUCUAUGCUGAUUGGUGUGGUCAUUGUCAACAAUUUGCACCUGAAUAUGAGAAGGCUGCCAGUGCUCUCGCGGGGAUUGUCAACUUGGCGGCUGUGAAUGAUCAGUCGGUGAUGGGUCUCUAUGGUGUUCAGGGCUUCCCCACUGUUAAGUUUUUUGGUGAGGACAAGUCUAAGCCUGUUGACUACAGCGGUCCAAGGGAAGCCAAGGGGCUGGUCAAAUAUGCUCUCUCACAUGCUAAGAAGAUCGCGAACGAUCGACUCGCUGAGAAAUCCAAGCCGAAGAAGGCCAAGAAGGACUCUGGUGGUAAAUCCAAGAAGGCCGACACGCAACCGGAGGGGAAUGAGGAUGACGUCAUUGCUCUCACUGGCAGCAAUUUCGACAAGUUAGUUAUGCAAGAUCCGAAGUCAGUGUGGUUUGUCGAGUUUUACGCCCCUUGGUGUGGUCAUUGUAAAGCAUUGGCUCCUCAUUGGACGGCAGCAGCUACUAAGAUGAAAGGACGAGUCAAGUUUGGGAAAGUUGAUGCCACUGAAGAGCAGUCCUUGGCCCAGAGGUUCGGCGUGCAGGGCUUCCCUACUAUCAAACUAUUCCCAGGUGGGAAGAAGUCGGAUGGCCUUGCAGUUGACUAUCAGGAACAGCGGGAAACCAGUAGUAUAGUCGAGUUCGCCGAGAAAUAUCUGAGUUAUGCUAUAGAGGCGACCCAGUUACUUAGUCAGGACGACUUUGAGGACAACUGCAACAGUCGUGUCUGCGUUAUCGCCAUUUUACCCCAUAUAUUGGACUCAGGAGCCCAGGGGAGGAAUGCUUACAUCGAGGAGUACAAUGCUGCCAUCAAAGCUAACCCUGGUAUUCCUGUUCAUUAUUACUGGUCGCAAGGUGGGGACCAAUUUGAGUUCGAGGAAGCUCUUCGACUACAGUUCGGCUAUCCGGCGUUGGUGGCGGUCCAUUUAUCAAAAGGCCACUAUGGAGUUCAUCGUGGGGGGUUCGACGAGGCCAAUAUCAGAGAAUUUGUGUCGGGUCUAAUGGCUGGGAAGGUUACCCUCGAUCCAAUUCCUAAGAAUCUUCCUAAGCUGCAUACUGUCACCCAGUGGGAUGGUAAGGACGCUCAGCAAGAGCCUGAGGAGGAUAUGGUAGCGACUUGA